CUUGAUUUGAUAUAACAACUCGAAUGGCGAGUAAGAGGCGACAGUACAAAGUGAUGAAAGACGGGAUGAUGAUGUCGGUGAUAGCGACGUGCCUCACUACGUCCGUAUUCCUCGUAAUCUUUCUACUUUGUGACGUAAUGCUGCAUCUGUGUCAGACGGUCAUCUCGUUGACGAACAUGGAUCCGCGGUCCAGACAAAGUUUCUCAUCCAUCAUCAGUUAUUACUUUAUUCUGAACAUCGCGUCCGCGGUGGUCGUUCUCAUCGGCGUGUUUUUAUUCCUUAUCACGUCGACGACGAUCGUUCGAGAAUGCCCGUUGAGUCACGUAUGGGAUUUCGGUCCCGACGUCUAUGUGCCGUCAAUGAUAUUCUCCUUCUACUUACUGAAGAUAACGGAUCUGGCCAAGAGGGAGAGAGGACCGCUGCUCGAUCUCGACAUCAUGAAAGGUCUGGAUCAUGGCACGGGUAUGGCCUACGGUUUCUACUACGGUUAUCUGCGAUUUAUCCUACCGAAUCGCGGCACCUCCGAUAGCAAGAGCAUUAUUGAAAGGAUAGAAAACUUUGAAGACAAACACGAAGUAAUUUUCCCAGUGCACAAGCUGUUUAUUCUGAUACCAUCGUCAGGAUACAUCUCGCCACACUUAAAGGAGAUGUCGGAUCAGUGGAUGGAGAUUGCGGGCGAAUUGGAAGAGGAGAAACGCGAUCGAGCUGGCCUAAGAGGAAAAACAUAUCAUAACAACGUUUACAAGAUAUAUCCCAAUGGAAGAAACUCUGGUGCUAGUCCAAUAUAUGUAGUAGCGGAAGGUGCAACAACAUUGCUGACAUUCUAUGAAGUGCAACAACACAGUCAUCCAGAAUCUAUUGUAUACAAGCAAUACAAAAACGAAAUUACCAUGAUGUUUUAUAAGAAGCUGGCAGAAAUUUUGGAAAGCGAACCAACUACAAAAAACUUGUGCGAAUUAAUUUACUACAACGAUUAUGAUUCAAAAGGUACUAGAGUUAAUGUCGCAAAGGUAAUCUUACAAAGAAUAUCUGAAAUAACAAGUUCCACAUAAAUAUUAAAAGAAGUUAAAUAUAUAUUUUGUGAAUUCUUUGUUUAUGAUAAGUUUUAUAUGAGAUUAUAUAUAUA